UGAUAUGUCCAGUUGCUCUAUAGGAGGUUUGGUUCGUUGUCAGGAAGUAGAUAUAGCUCUUACCGGAAGUAAUUCGGGGACACUUUUGACAGUUUUCGCUGGUCGUAGAAGCACGACACACUUACCGUACACGUUUUGGCGGCUUUUUGUUGUCUCUCGGUUUGGUCGAUUAUUUAAAUCUCUGCUCUGAGAGGUUGUAAGCCCUGCAGUGUGUUUGUGUAAAGACAGGCUUCCAGCCAUGUCUGCUGCGGUGGAUCUGAAGACAAAGGAGGAGAAAGAUGCGGAACUGGACAAACGUAUUGAAGCUCUACGGAAGAAAAAUGAGGCUUUAAUGAAAAGACAUCAGGAAAUAGAAGAGGACAAAAAGAAGGCUGAGCAGGAGGGCAUUGCUGUGACGACGCACCGCAAACCCCGCACUCAUGAGCCUGAUUCAGACCGGCGGAAGAUUGAAAAGGAGAACCUAACUGUGACAGUCGACCUGUCUAAACCCAGCGGGGAAAGUCGAGUGGUGAAUGAUAGGCCAUCAGCACCACACCAUGGUGAUCGUGAAACAGAAGAGGGGUUCGCUGGCCGGCCCACACAUAGGACAGGAUCUGGGCGGCUGAGCAGAGGUGGGCAGCGUGGAGGUGGUCACCGCUCUGAGAGGAGAGAACCACGGGAAGGGGAAGGAGGUGGAGGAGGAGAAGGAGGAGAGGGCCCUUCCCACAAUGAACGCUCCCGAGGACGACGGGGAGGAAGAGGAGGACGAGGAAGCAUGCAGCAGAGUGGCUCUGGGUCAGACAGAAAAUCAAAGGAGUGGGAAGAGAAGAGACGGCAGAACAUUGAGAAGAUGAACGAAGAGAUGGAGAAGAUUGCAGAGUAUGAGAGAGGUCAAAGGGCUGAUGGUGAAAAGAACCCCACCCGGAACUUUCUUGAUGAUCCACGGCGCAGUGGACCAAUUCCUGAGAUGGAUCGCAAAGAGGGGAGCCGCAGACACGUACGCAACUGGGGUGGACUGGAUUUUGAAAAUGUUAAGACUGGAGCUGAGGCAGAGAAAGAAUGGACGAAUCGAAGGCCUGGAGGGAAAGGCUCGGUGGAUAUGACUUUGUCGAUGACAGGCAGAGAACGAGCUGAGUAUCUACGCUGGAAAAAGGAGCGUGCGCAGAUAGAUGAGGAGAGGUUGGCUCGUCAUCGUAACGCCACUGGUCAGUGGAGACGAGAGUGGGAUGCCCAGAAAACAGACACCAUGUUCACCGAGGACCCAGUUGUGGCUGGAGAGGGCAUGCCAGAACCGAGCAGCAGGCGAGCAGAUAGGGGGCGUAAUGCCCGUACACAGCAACGCAGUGGGGCUUCAGAUGAUAGCAGAAAACCUCCCAAGGCACCCACAUUUGGAGAUUUCUUAGGGCAGGGCAAACUCAGAGAGGCAGGCCGUGGAGGCAGAGGACGAGGGAAAGGUCGGGGUCAAGGCAAGAGUUACAGCAUGCAUGAUAACCGGUGGGAAGCAGAGAAAGAUGAGGAAAAAGAGAAAGAGGAAGAAAAAGGGAAAAAGGAGGAAAAGGAAAAAGAAAAGACAAAGAAAGAGGAUAAGCCCAAAGCUCCGUUAGAAAAGAAACAGAUUGCUGUUGCUAUAGAAAAAUCAGUUGCUGAAGAUGAAGAUGAUGAGUGGGAGGAUGCCAGUGAUGGAGAUGGAGAUGAAGAUGAUGAGGAGGUGGAAGAGAGUGGGGAUAAAGGAGUUCCUUUGAAAGAGUCUAAACCCAUGGAGAAGAGCCAUAGCUCCCCUGCUCCAUCUAGUCUCAGUCCUAAGGAACAGAGGACACCCAGACCCAAAGUGCACAUCCCCUCUUCCCCGCAGGAGUCUCUCGCUACCCCGGAGGGCACAAAGCCUCUCAGCCCCUUUUCCCCUCUGGAGGGCCACCACCCUGUAUCAGACUGGGGAGAGGAGAUGGAGAUGCUCUCCCCUAAAAGCAGCUUGGGUGAGAGUCCCUUGAGGCCCAGCAGUAAUGAAAGCAGUCCAGCUCAGAACAAGAGCCAAGAGGAGGAGGAGCACAUAAAAGAUGCCACAAACCCACCCAAGCAGUCUGACAAACAGCAUGACACCCUGCCUGUAGCAGAGUCAACUGCUCCUGCAGUCCAGGAAGAAUCACCAUCACCACAACAUGCUGAUUCCACCUCUAGCAGCAAUAAGCCCACAGAACCUACAGAGGAUUCAACCACACAGAAGGAGGAGAGUGCAGUCCCUGCUGUAGAGCUGGAUUUGAAGCAAUCUGGAAGUGAAAGUGUAGCUCCAGUUGAGUCCACGGAUCAGCCAUGCUCAGGCUAAAGAGUAACUGCAGUAACUGCAGCACUAGUCAUCUUGCGAGAGAGGGGAAAAAAGGUAAGAAAUGGUGAGAAGAGACAUCAGGCCUAAUGGAUAUCCACUGCCUGAAAAUAUGAAGGAUGGCAGGCCCUAUGAUGACUUAUCCCCACCUCCAAACAACUCAUUGUAUGGUUUUGUGUUCUCUCAGCACGCAAACUAUUCUAGUGCUACGUUGUUUCAAAAUCUAGAACUGGAUUUUACGGGGCUCUGCAAACCAUUUAUGUGACAUUGUAAAGAUAAUGAGGCUCAUUUAUAUGCAAGGUAAAAAAAAUAAACAUACCUUAAGAGCAGUAGCAGUUUUACAUGACAUUUGGUAAGAGUACACACCUUAUCCUAGUCACAAGAUAGAUUUGCUAAUGAAAAGGAUUGGAGGCAGUGCAACUUUCGCUUCAUGCUGCUGUAGUCCUCAAGGGUUAGUCAGUCAGAUGCAUGCUUUAGUUUGUGUAUGAUACCUAUGCAAACAAAAUGGAAAGGGGCAUUAGGAUUAUCAAAGCUAUUCGUAAAAAUCUGGAUUUUCAUUUUUUUUUGAAAGUCAUGUUUAAGAUUGUAAUUUGCCUGCAAAAUAAGGUGCUAGAUAUACUCGCAUUAAUAAUUUGUGACCCAAACUGUAUGUGUAUGUAUUAUGACCAAAGAUGUUUCUUAGAAGGUGUUUUGUAGAUGACUUUGGCUAUGUUAGAUAAAUAAUGAACAUUUGAGGCAACAAAGAAUGUGUACCUCGAUAGAACUAAUCUUGGUUUGGAUUUCUUGUUUUUAUCUUAUUGUUUUUAAUGCUCUCCAUUUUGUCUAGGAAUUUUUCAUGAUGUGAAAGCAGGCAGUUUGCCUCAUUGAGGCUGUUUUAGUAGCACGGGUUUCUACCUUUUAGCAAAUUUAGUGGAAGUAUAUGGAUUGUAUUAAGUUUUUUAAAAAUGGUGUACAUUCCAAUGCUUCGUGUCAUCUUUCACUGUUUGCAAUGAGUACCCUCAGCAUAAAAAGAACAAAAAAAAGUGCUUAUGGAGCAGCAAAAAUCAUGACAUUUGUGAUUGUACUGCGUCUAUCUGCAAAUGAACUCUCCUCGUGUUUACGUUAUAAUUAGAUCUAGGUUCGUCUCUGUUGGUGUUACAGCAGUGCACAUGCGAUAGUAUGUUGAAGUGUUUUUAGGAUUCAUCCCACAGUGAAACACUUAUAUCUGUUAUUUUAAGGAAGAUUAUGAAUUAAUGCUUUUGCCUUUUUAUUUUCAUGUAAAUGAUGCAUUGUAUUAUUUACAUUAAAGUUUCUUUUUAAAUAAAUGUAUAUCUUUUGCCUUAAAUGUCCUGCUCUAGAUUAAUGGUUUCUUUGAACUGCUGUAAAAAAAAAAAAAAAAAAGAUAAUGCUUUGCAAAUUAAUAUGCUCCCAGAUAAGCAAAUUUGAACAUUUAUUUCUCUUAGCUGCUUAUUUUAAACAUGGUUUUUGUUUACAUAAACCUUACUCCACCUGCAAUCAGAAUUAAAGGAAAAAUCCAUUCUAAACAAACUCGUGUGUCAAUAUAUUUAAUAUGCGGCAGUCAAUGGUGUCCAAGAUUUAUUUUGAAAUUUUUUAAACUUCUUUCAUUGACAUGUUGGUCUAGUUACACUUUGGUACAUUACCCACAAUGCACAAUCGACUACCUGCUGAUGGUGGUGCCAGUAGGAAUUCAUCUCUACUUAAAGAGACUGAUGCAGCAGCACUUUAGUCCUUUAGUCAGGCCAGCUCUCUCACCUCCUCAUCUUGGCUCAAACAGAUCAAGUUCCAAAGCUUCAACUUUCAUGCUAAUUCAACUAUAAAAACCAGCUCACUUUGCAUGUCACAGAUUGCUAUUUAGUCAAGCAAAGUGAUUCUGCAGUAAUUCAGUGUAACAGCAGCUUUGAUUUGUAUUUGGGAAAUUUUGCUCCACUACUUCUAUGUUGGAUUUCUCUUUAAUAUGACAUUGAAUGUCAGUGGAUAAAGGUGAGUGGAGAAAAAAGAAGCUCUUGCUCUGUUGUUUUUAGACGUUAACAGUUAACCGUGACAGUUAUCCCUUAUGUUUGAGAUUUAUGUUUGAGAAAAUUUUUCUCCUGAGCUAGCAGUGUCACCUUGUGACGUCAGAGUGGCAGAGAACUGCUAACUUCUCAGAGGAAUAACGAAAACACAACACCAGCUAACAACCUAGCACCAGAAUAUCUCACAAAUAUUUCAUCACAACACUAUGUAAUGUGUUUCAAGGCUGAGUUUUCCUUUAAAAAACCAUCAAUCAUUUCUGAAACCUAAAACCGGAGCUGAAACCACAAGCCCCGCCCCAAACCCCGCCCACAUUAGGCAGGCAUUACGCGUGUUUCCUCCUGCGAGGACGCGCACUCGAGUGAUGCUGUGGAGAGCUGGAGCUGAACUGUCCCAUACCGAGUACGGAGACUUGUGAGCAAGCUGUCCCAGAUCAGCACUUCUCAGAUCUCACACUACAUCACUGGAAGAAGACUUUACCUGUUAUCCCACUAUGAGGGGAAGCAAGCAAGGCGCAGCAGGAAGGCUAAGCGGGAACGCGUCCAGGAGACCGAGUUAUCCGGCUGAUCAGUGGAUAAAUCAGGCCAAGUCAAGCACCAAGGUUUGGGUAAAGGUUGCAAUGGGCAUCGCUUACUUCCUCUGCGUGUCCGUCGCUGCCUUCUUCUUAGCGAUUUACUACAUUUUCUUCUGGACUCCGGAUGCGUCAAACUCCACUAACGUGCUGGAGCUUAAUAAGAGACUGGACUGUGGAGGAAACCAGACACCUGAUGGGAAAUAACAGCACCGAGGAAGAGCAUUCAACACGCACCUAACUUCUUUACUGGCACUUCAGACUGCCAUUCAGUCUUACAGACGUGGGAACUUUCACUGAAAAUCACUGCAAACUUUUGUACGUGGCUUUAUUUUCAAGAUCCGUUCUUCUUAUUGUUCAACUUGGCAAUAAGAUUAUGUGACCUACACACACACACACACAUAUAUAAUAUAAUAAAAUCUAUGCAUUAUUAUUAUUAUUAUUAUUAUUAUUAAUUCUUAUUUAUUCAUUCAUUUGUUUGUUUGUUUGUUUGUUUGUCCUGUGCCUGCAUCCUAGCACAGCCCUAGUAAAAAGGACAUUUUCAUAUAUUUUACAUAAUAAUCAUUGUACUUUGUGCUGUCUGUCAUAACUAGCCAAUAUAAUUGUAAUAGGCUCAAUGUAGAAUUAUUGACAAAUCGUAUAAGAUGAAAAACCAUGUAAUCAUGACACUGAUGAUGAUCCAAAUAAGGCUUUGAGCAUGUACGAUGUGAUGAUUUGCACCAGAUAAAUUCCGACAAACAGGUGUGAUGUGUUUUUUUUUGUUCCUGGCAAUUUUGAACGUUUCUACCUGUUUUAGAUACAGGAAUGUUGUUUUGAGUGUGUAUGUGAGGCUGUGGCAUUUCUCUUCUGAUUCACUUUACUUCUAUUGCACUCCUACACCUGGUGUCUCACUGUCUGUUUUCCAUAUCAUGCCCUGUUUGUCUUUCCUCUCUCUCUCUCUCUCUCUCUCUCUCUCUCUCUCUUUCUUAAUUACUGCUGCCACUCCAGGCUGUAAUUAAUAAAAUAAUUGUUUUAUCGACUAGCAAAUGA